AUGAAGCUUGCACGGGGUAUUAAAUCCAAUGCGGGCUCAUACAUUACUGAGCCUAUUCGUGGGGUUCCACCAGGCUCGGCAUAUCAAUUCAAUCUUGUAUCCGACAACCCUGCAAGCCCAGGAAUUCUUGCCCAGUCCCAACAAUUCACUGUGGUCCAACAUACGGUUUCUAUUGAUUCAGAGUCCAGCGCUUCAGGCGUUGUUUCGGAACCACUUUUCCAGUCCAAUAGUACCUCAUUUCCUACAGGUACCAUCUCCCGUACUUCUCGUACAUUCAGCACACCAACCAGCACCCGCCGCUCGUCAACAUCAGCGGCAUUUGCGACCCCAACGACAGCGAAGGUGCCGCAACGCACCAGCAACGCGGCUCCCGCCAUCGAAACUUUUAGCUUUGCUAACAGCCUCAUAUUUGCCUUGCUUGCUCUGAUCGCAUAA